ACGCACUAGUAUGGGUACUAGUCGCAACCUGCAGGGGUGUGAUGAGAUAUCAAGAGGAUGGACAAUAUGCAUGACAAACAGGAUGGCUACGGCUAAGGAGGAGGAUCAUGGAUUUCAGAUCGCCGGUCUGUACAAGACCAAGAGAUUUGACAUCAGACCAGAUUUACAUCGUGAUUUGCAUCGCGCUGUGUUUCUGAUCGUCACUAGGUCAUUUGGUAUUCCGAUCUAUCCAACACGAUGGCAAAUUGGACAAACUGCUGUCCCCGACCCGGCGAACCCCGCAAUCUGCUUGGGAGGGUGCUCCUGACAAGGCUAAGAGUGAGACCGGAAAACGUGUUCUUUUUGAGGAUGAACAGAUCAGCUGGGUUGAGGAACUCGACCGUCUGACUGAUCCCGACAACCGGAUGCCCGAAGGGAACGGUUGGACACCACAGCUCAGCAACUUUGUCAAGCAGCUCUUUCUCCAUUUGGUGAAAGACGUCGACAUGAGCGACAGCGUAAAGCUGAAAUUUCUCGAUCGUAAUUCAGAAUUGCAGCGUACAAUCGGGGAAGAAGGCGUCCUCAACUCUUGGACAGUUCUCCGAGGAAAAGGACCCAGCUGCGAGAAGGUCGGCGCAUGGGAGGAAUUCCGCAGCGCUCUAGCAGAAGAGCUAGAGCUCCUGGAUAUUCCUCGGCGCUUGAGCAACGAGCCGCGAGACGAGAAGGCACGCGAUAAGAUGAACAAGGCACGCGACGAGAUCAGUAAGGACAUUUGGCACGUCAGGACGGCCGUUAUGAAACUUCACGCCGGGCCGCAGCCGGGACAGAAGAGCGAGCGAAAAUUAAGUUAUGCUCCCACAGCAGCGCGUCAAGGCACUGAAAUCCAGAACCUGACUGCGCAGAUCAGAGACGCACUUACCUACCUCGCUGAUGCGCGCCAGAAGCUUGAAGACCACGUCAAGUUGUUAGUUCAGCUUCUGGGCCGCGAUGGAGAGAAAGAGAGACGCGCACACCUGCAGUAUGCGAUGCAGAAUGUUGAGAACGAACUCAAGGGUCUAGAUACGAUAGCAGAAGAAAAAUUCCGCGCACCAAAAGGCAGUUUUCUCGCCUACGCGGAGACGCAAUUCACGCGAAACAAACUGGAUCCGGUGAGCCAGGUUCUCGAGGAGUGGUUGGAGCAGCACUUGAAUGCCACGCUGGAGGCUCUUCUGAAGUUGACCGACGUGAUCGACAAUAGCGAUACCGCGGAACGCUUCGUCCCCUUCACAAACACGUUGCUUGCACCGUGGGCGCCAGCAGCGCGGGUCGUUCAUCCGGGACGUGCCGAGGGGCAUCAUGCCGAAGCGCCGAAAUCGCAAAUGACGUUGACGCGGAAGCCACAAGGUGCCGACGGGUUCUUUCCCAAGCUCGAACGCACCCAAGCGGUGCAUUGGCCAUCAGGCUCUGCUCCUGGCGCAGCAGACAUGCAACGCAGAGAUGCCACAAGGCGCAGUUCUUCGAGGGAGCGCAGCUCCUCGAGGAAGCGCAGCUCUUCGCCGGUUCUUCCGUGA